CUGUUAACUCCCCCUGCUCUUUCAUCUGUUUCUCUUGUUUUUCACUCUGUACUGAGUGUUUUGUCAGAGUAAUGGUUAUUUGAGGAACUUUAACUGUCACAUGUCAUUUAAAAUCACAUUAAAUGGCCAUUACCAGUUGAAUAAUUAUGUUUUAUGUUGUGAAAAUGCUGUGUUUAGGUUUAGGGCAGCAGAGAAUGUUGAUAUUUUAUUUGUUUAUCUGUCUUUUAUUUACACAUUUUAGCCUGUUUUACUACUCGGUAUAUCCUUUUCUUCUCUUUUUAUUGAUUUUUUUUUUUUUUUGCUCACUUCAAUACAUCUCCUCUUUUGUAGUAUUUUAUCUUUUUUCACACUUCACUUUUGUCAGGGCUUUUCCAUUGGGACUGUCACAAAAUCAAAGGCAAGGAACAAACUGAAAGUAACUUUGAAUGCCACUCUGUGUGUCAGCCACUCAUCCAUCUCACCAUGACGUCAGCUCAUCAUUUCCCACAAGCAAGUGUCUCACUGAGGCAAUGGGAGCAAAACAGUCUAAACAGUCUGCUUCACCUUCAAUUCUUGACAAACCAUGGAGAUCGAUAAACUGGGGAGGCAAACACAACUUUCUGCAGCAUGCGAACAACUACAACCCUCAGACUGAUGGUCAGCAGCUCAGGAUUCUUCUUCAUGGGCCGGUCGGAGCUGGAAAGUCCAGCUUCAUCAACUCUGUUCAAAGUGUCUUAGAAGGCAGAAUAUGCAAAAAGGCCUUUGCAGACAACAUGGCACAAGGCUGUUUCACCAAAAAGUACACAACCUACAAGAUCCAAAAAGGAACCCGAAACAUAUUUUACCCAUUUGUCUUCAAUGACAUGGUGGGCCUGAAAUGCAGGAACAGGAGAGACAGAAGAAUCCAUGUGAAAGAUGUCAAACGGAUUCUUAAGGGACAUGUACAAGACGGCUACACGUUCAAUCCUGAAUCUAAGUUGUCAAAGGAAGAUCGUUACUACAACGGAUCCCCAAGUGCCAACGACAAAGUGCAUGUUCUGGUCUAUGUUUUUGAUGCCAACACUGUAUCGCUGAUGAAUAAUGACAUUAAGGAAACAAUACUUGAUAUCAGAGACGAAGCCAAUGAACUGGGGAUUCCUCAAGUGGCCGUUUUCACCAAAAUUGAUGAGGCCUGUCCUGAAAUCAACCAAGACUUAAAGAAUGUCUACAAGAGCACAAUACUACAGGAAAAGAUGGAGCAGUUCAGUGCGACUGUGGGUAUUCCAAUGAACUGCAUCUUCCCUGUGAAGAACUACCAUGAUGAAAUCAGCCUCAACAAUGACGCCGACAUUCUCAUCCUGAGCUCCUUGAAAAGCAUCAUCGACGAUGGGAAUGAUUUUCUGAAUGAGAUGCAUGUUUAGACUAGGGGUGUUGUGAUAUACCGGUAUUGAUGAUAACUGUGAAACAAUGAAAACAAUGAAAUUAAACAACAAUGAAAUACUGAUAUCAUGAUAAUAAUACACAUAAAAUUAUAUCUUGUAAAUAAUACAGUGCCUCUUAAAACCCCUUAACGUUCCGACGCGCUGCGACACAUUUUCUAAGCUAAGAUUCUUGUGAUUUGAUUUAUGCAAACCAUUUCAAGAUACAAUCACAACAGCAGUUACAAUCAAUGCCUCUGUCAGGCCACCAAUAAACAAACAAUUACAAAAUUCAUGCUACCCACCCAUAGACUGUAUAUAAAUCAUGGAUGUAUAAUAAGAGCUGGAUAGUGCGCCGCCACUCAGACUUGCAGCCAAUUUUUACUAGUGGUCAUUCGCAGUAUUGCAGCAAAAAAUCCCCCUGCAGCCCAAAAAGCAUUUUCCCAUAGACCACCACUGUAAUGGAGAAGUCUGUAAAACUCUUGACAGGACACCUCAAACUGCAAACAAUUUCAAUUAUGACUCUUUCUAUUAUGAACUUUUGUUCCAUUGAGGUUUUA